GAUAUUUUGGAACAUUUGGCCACACUUAACCAAAGCUAAUAACAAUACUGUCGUGUCUGUUUUCUGCGCGUUUUGCGAACGGAUUUUCGCCUUUGUUUUUUUGUUUAUCUCGGGCAUCGUGGCCAAUAGCAAUUGCAGAGCAAUGCAUUAACUAAUUGGUUAAGCGUGACGAGUGUCAACGACAACCUGUCUGUCCAGCACGGCCACCCACGGAGGAAGGAAUUCGCCAUGAAACAGCUAUCAAUUCAACUAUUGCUAACCUAGUUUCACUCCCCAACAAAAGAAUCAAAGAAAAAUCAAAUACUACAUCGAGAUCUACCAAACAUUAAUUGCCAACAACAACAACUAAUCACUCUCGGAAUCAAGAUCCAAAUCAGAGCAAAAGCAAAAGCAAAAGAAAGGGACAACAUUUUUCGGUACUCCUCGCAAGCUGAAUCCUUUCCCUCCAGGCACAACACCUCUACACCAAAAGGCACCAACUCUGUCCACAGCCAGCUCUAGUUCCAGCUUGCAACCUCCGACUCUCACUCACUCAACCCGGUAAAACGCUAGAAAUAAAAGGAAACCACUUUCGGAAACCACCUUCCCCUUAGCUAGAAAAAGAAAGAGAGAGAGAGAGAUCCAGAAGAUUGCAGAAGUACAGAGAGUACUGAAAGAAGACGAAGGAGUGUGAUAGAGGAGGAGAAGGAGGACGACUCAUGUUAGAAAAAUGAAAAAGUUCACAUUCAAAGGAGUUCUAGAUGGAUUUCGACAAAGCGUUCAGCCCCAAGCCACACGACAGGAGCAGGAGAUCCAAGAGCAGCUCAAGGCCGACCAUUUCACAUUGAAGAAAACCUUUCGCCAUGGCUUUCCGUACUCGCCCACAUCCUUUGCCUUCGAUCCGGUACAGAAACUAAUAGCGAUUGGGGACAAAUCGGGCUACAUUCGCAUAUUGGGAAAACCUGGCGUCGAUGCCCAUGCCAAACACGAGGGCGAAUCCGAGUGCGCCGUGCUCUUUGCCCAGUUCCUGGUCAAUGAGGGGGCCCUCGUCACCGUCACCGCCGAUGACACCAUACACUUGUGGAGCAUACGCCAAAAGACGCCGCGCAUUGUGCAAAGUCUGAAGUUUCAGCGGGAGCGCGUGACUUGCAUACACUUGCCCGUGGGCAGCAAAUGGCUGUACGUGGGCACUGAGAAGGGAAACAUACACGUUGUUCACAUAGAUACAUUUGCACUUAGUGGAUAUAUUAUUAACUGGAAUAAAGCAAUUGAAGUGGUUAGAACUAGUCAUCCAGGUGCUGUGAUUGCGUUAUGUGAUAAUCCAUUGGAUGCAAACAAGUUGCUUAUUGCAUUUGAGUGCGGGCUGCUUGUGUUGUGGGAUCUGAAGGCGAAAUGCGCUGAGAUACGAUGGCAGGCGGCCGAGGCUGUCAAGUCCCUGGCCUGGCACUACGAGGGCAAGUACUUUGUAUCAUCGCACACGGAUGGCUCCAUUUGCUCGUGGCCAACUAGGCCCCAGCCGAAGCCCCAGUCGCAGGUUUGUCCGCACGCAAAAAUCAACAAAGAUGGCAAUGCGGAAAAGUGUAAACCGAUCUAUAAAGUUGACUUGAAGUCCAGCACAACUGGUGAAACUUUCACAAUUUUCUCUGGUGGCAUGCCGUCGGAGAAGGGCUCAAAGUCGAAUUGCAUCACCGUGAUGGUCGGCAAGGCCACAACGGUGCUGGAGAUGGAGCAUGCUGUAUGCGAUUUCAUCACCCUCUGCGAGAAUCCCUGGCCAUGCGAGACCCAGGAGCCCUAUGCAAUAGCUGUGCUGCUUCAAUACGACUUAGUAUUAAUAGACUUAUUAACACCCGGUUUUCCCUGUUUUGAAUCGCCUUAUCCAAUGGACUUACACGAAUCACCUGUUACAUGUUGCACAUAUUUAACCGAUUGCCCAUCGGAUUUGGUUCCUGCUUUCUAUUCAGUUGGUCGGACAACGACAAGUAAAAAAAGUUGCUUCUCGGAGCGCGAAUGGCCAAUAUCGGGCGGGGAGUGGUCGCCGGCGUCGUGCAGCUACUCGGAGAUUGUCAUCACCGGACACCAGGAUGGUAGCCUCAAGUUCUGGGACUCGGGUGCCGGCACACUUCAGAUACUCUACAAGCUGAAAACGGCCAAAAUGUUCGAGAAGCCGCGCACUCAUGCGGCCCAGGCCCACGCGGAUGCCGACAAUCCACUGGCCGUGCAUCUGAUAUUCCUCUGCUCGGAGUCGCGACGCCUCUGCGUGGCCGGGGCCAUGGGGCAGGUGAUGUUGUUUAAGUUUCGGAAGGUCGAGUCCACAUCGGAGGUCCUCGUGCUGGAAAUACCCAUACUCUAUGAGAAUUUUGAUGACAUUUACGGCACGAGUCCCGAAUGCGAUUUCCUAACUGGCCAUCAGGUGCAGAAAACGGAAUCAAGUGACUCGGACAAGACGACGGACUGCUCGUUGAAGGUUCGCUUUGGGGCACAGCGGAAGCCGCCGGGCUUUCAGUCGCAGCUGGUCUGCCUCACCACCGGACCCAAUCGCCGGAAUGUUCAGGUCACAUCGCUGUGCAUCAGCUCCAGUUAUGGCCUAAUGGCUUAUGGUACCGAAUAUGGACUUGUCAUAAUUGAUAUAAUCCAAAAAAUUUGCCUCUUGAGUGUUGCAUGCCCCGAUCUGUAUGGCGCACAUGAUCCUUACUCGCGAACACCAAAAAGUCCGAAACGCAUUGAGAAUAAAGAGGAGCAGAGCCGAUCGCCCAGCUCAGAUCAGCUGAACGACACGACUAGCCCGGACAGUCCAUCGAUCGAGUUCAUACCCGAGGCGACCGAGGCGUAUGCCACAGGUGCAGCCGCAACCCCGGCGUCGGCUUCGGCGGCGGCCAACGAAUCCUCGAGCACCUCGCGGCCCACCUCCCCCAGCAGCGGUCCCGAUUCGGCGGCAGCAUCAGCAGUGGCAGGGGCAGUGACGGGUACAGGGACCGGGACCGGGACCGGGACCGGGACUGGGACUGGGACUGGCACAGUCGCCUACCCGCAGCAGGUGAUCAACAGCAGCCGGGAGACGCUGCUGAUUGGAGCGGCGGCGAGCACGGCCGCCAGUGCCGCCACCGCCAUGGCCAAGAGCCCACUGCGCGAGGAAGUUAUGGCGGCGCCGGCUCCCAAGGAGCUGCAGGACCGACGCAAGUCGAUGUCCUGGAAAACGUUCAAUUUGAAGCGUCAAUUAUCGAAAGUCAAUAUGAAGAUCGGCGGGCUCAACGUCAACACCGAUCUCGAGUCCAUCAAGAACACAUCUAUUUUCUACACCCCCAAGGAGAGCUCCCCGGAGGGUGCCGGCGAGGAGCCAACCGCUGUCGCUGGCGCUGCCAUAGUCGCUGCCGAGGCCCUCGAGUGCCGGGAGGAGGAUGCUGGGUUGGCGGCGGCCAGCAUGGCGCUCAACAGCGAAGACCCUGAGAUGCCGAUGCCAUCGUCGUCGUCGUCGUCGGCGGCGAUGCGCGGCAAGUUCCGCUCCUCCACCACGGACUCGCCGGACGGCUACAGCGGCGAGGUUAUUUUAGCGGCGGCUGCAUCAGCGGUCAGCGGUAAGCGCGUGGACUUUGAACAGUCUCUGACCAGUGGUGCAGAGGGCGGCGAGCGGCCCAACAACCUGCCCCUCUCCGGCGAGUCGCAGGCGCCGAUAAAGCCGACACGGCAGCGGUUCAAGGAGAAGUCGCGCGACCAGCGUCUGCUCUCCGUUCCGAACAUCAAGUACCAGCCGCGUGACCUGCGCGGCGGGGCGCGGGCCAUGAAGAACGACGUGUCGCCGCUGAUGGGCGGCAACCUGAGCAAGAAGAUGCAUAAAUUGGAUGGAACUUUCUCACGAUCCAGAUCAUCGUCAAUGUCCAGCAUUGAUAUGUCUUCCUCUGAAUCUGUUACCUGUUUAGCUUUUAUCGAGAGUUAUGCAAAACGAAAUGAUAUUUUGACACUUGUUCCUACUUUGUGGAUUGGAACUAGUUUCGGUUCAAUACUGACCUUGUUCAUAACCAUGCCGGAACGAGAUGUGCGCAAAUCUCAGCCAGUAUUGAUAACAAUAAAUGGCGGCCCCGUGGUUCGACUCAAAGGCUCCAUAACUUCCAUGUCUUUUUUAGACUCAUACGGAUCGAUCAUACCCUAUACAUUUGAGACCUGGCGUGACGAGAAAAGGGACAAGACAGAUCGCACACCCACUAAGAGCAGCAGCCGCACCAGUCCCACUUUCACACCAACAACUGCCAAUACAAUACCAAACACUUCGGUCGCUGGAGGCGUGGCGGGUAGUGCCGGUGGCAUUGGCAGUGGCGGUAGUGGCAGCGCUGGAGCAGCCGCUGGAGCAGCAGGAACCGCUGUCGGUGCAGCUGGCAGUGGGGCUGCGGGCAGUGGCAGUGGGGCAGCUGGCGCCGGUGCAGGCAGCAGUGGCGCUGUCGGAGGCGUGAUCAGCAGCAGUGCGAGUACCAGCAGCAGCGGCAUUAUCGGCAGCAUCAGCACCGGCCUGGAAACACUCACCGAUCGACAAUAUAUCGUUAUUGCAAGCGAGAAACAAACAAAAGUCUUCGAUGUGGCCAAUCAGUGCUGCAUUAAUCGCAUACAAUUAUCGGAAAUGGAUUUUGCAGUCAAGGCAGAAACUAUCACGAUGAAGGAUGGCUCUUGCUUAGCAACCUAUCUUUCGAAUGGCCAUCUAAUGGUACAUAGUCUUCCUAGUCUAAAACUGUUAUUGGAUACUGAUUUCUUACCGCUUAUGGAGUUAAGUUUUCAAACAAAAUGUAAACAGGGAAUUGUGGAUCCAAUGCUUUCGAUAUGGGGUCAACAGAUCAUUGUUCAUGAAGAUACAAAUCAAAUAUCAAAAAUUUUUUGCUUUAGUCAUAAAGGUCAUGGAUUGUACAUGGCAUCGCCCACCGAAAUUCAAAAAUUCACGAUAUCAUCGGAAUUCUGUCAAUUUAUUUUGGAGAUGAUGGGUGAACUAUAUUCGGUACACGAAAUGCCCGAACAACCGAAGGAGGGUUUCUUUAAGGGUCUAUUUGGCGGCGGGGCCAAACUGUUGGAUCGCGAAGAGCUUUUUGGCGAGCAGAGCGGGAAAGCAAAUCGUUCGGUUGCACGGCAUAUACCCGGUCCCAAUUUGGAGCAGCUCGGCACACGUGCUUCCACAGCCGCAUCGGAGAUUAGUCGGGCGCACCAGCUGGCCAUGGAGCGCGGCGAGAAGCUCAAUCUUUUGGAGGAGCGCGCCGAGCGUAUGGCCAAUACAGCUCAAGAUUUCACCGGUACAGCGCAUCAAUUAAUGCUUAAAUAUAAAGACAAAAAGUGGUAUCAGUUGUAAAAUAUCUAUUUUAGGAGCCAAUUCUACCACAGUUAUUGUAAUAUUGCUUUUAUAACACUUUCUACUACAUUACGAGUAAAGUACACUUAUUUAAUUUCUG